CAACCUCCCCCGCGGUCCUUACAGCUUGUCAUUUUCAGGUUCUUUUCGCUCCUUUGGUAGCCCUUGCUCUUGGGUCUAUGUUUACAUGUUGAAUUGGCGGAUGCCCCUUAGCUGGCAUUGCAGCAUGUGUCUGGCGUUGACGCUCAGGAGCUAAUGGAAUGUCCGCCACUACUACCACCACCACCCCCGGCCAAAUGCCCUCCAACGGAGAGGCCCCCCUCGAUCCUUUGGAUGCAGCGGACUAUGAUCCGAUCGACCAUUUGAACGCAAUCUUUUCCCACCCCUCCACAUUGUCGUCGGUAUCCCAGGUCUCCCAGUCCCUCCGCGAAUAUGAGGACGAGCUCGACAACGAUAUCGGCGCACUGGUAGAGGACCAGGUCACUUCCAAUGCGGAGAGCGUCGAGCGCAUCCAGGCCGCCAAGGCCGACUUGACCGAACUGUUCAAGAAGAUUGACGAUGUGCGCGACCGCGCGUCCAGGACGGAGCUGGCCAUUACGGAGAUGACGGCGGAUAUCAAACAGCUGGAUAAUGCGAAGAAGAACCUCACGCUGUCGAUGACGGUCCUGAAGAGACUGCAGAUGCUAACGACAGCCUACGACCAAUUACGUUCUCUGGGCCGGACGCGGCAGUACCGCGACUGUGCUCAGCUGCUACAGGCGGUCAUACAGCUGAUGGCGCAUUUCAAGUCGUAUCGCUCGAUCGAUCAGAUUGCGCUGCUUAGUCGAAACGUUGCGGAUAUACAACGGGAGCUUCUGGAGCAGGUCUGCGAGGACUUCGAGUUGGCGUUCGCAAAAGGGGAAGUUGGCCAAAAGAGGCACGUGCUCUCGGAGGGCUGCUUGGUCAUGGAUGCGCUAGGUGAUCACGCGAAGUCCAGGUUAGUGACUUGGUAUUGCAACUUCCAGCUACGUGAAUAUCGCCAGGUUUUCAGGAACAACGAAGAGGCCGGAUCACUGGACAACAUCUCGCGGCGGUAUGCCUGGUUUAGGCGGAUCUUGAAGAACUACGAUGAGGAAUAUGCGCCCAUCUUUCCCGCAUCCUGGAGGGUCAACGAGAUUCUGGCGAACAUUUUCUGCGAGGGCACGCGAGAGGACUUUAAGGGCAUUCUCUCUCGAUCGGUGCGCAAUGGCCAGACCAUCGAUGUUAAUCUGCUACUGUCUUGUCUACAAGAAACAUUGGACUUUGAGCAUUCUCUCGAGCGGCGGUUUGUCAGUCCAUCCCGGCCUUCAACGGAUACGUUCGCCUCGAGUGAGGCACCAGUCUUCGGUCAAGCCAUCUCAGAGGCGUUCGAGCCCUACCUGAGCGUCUGGGUAGAAGCCCAGGACAAGCAGCUGGCUGCGCUUAUCCCUAAAUACCGGCAACAACCCGCGAAGCCACCGGAUGAAGAAUUCGACUCGCACAUCGUUAUAUCCUCUUCCACCGAUCUUUUCACGUUCUAUCGGCACUCGUUGCAGCAAUGCGCGAAGCUAUCUACUGGUGCCAGCCUUGCGGAGCUGGCUAAGGUAUUCGCGAAGUAUCUCGAUCAGUAUGCACAGGUCCUGCUUUAUUACAUUAGUGAACGGCCUACAGGCCACACUCCCUCAAAGGUGCCAGGUACCGAGGACCUUAUCCUAGUGCUCAACACCGCGGACUAUUGCUAUACGACCUGCAACCAGUUAGAGGAAAAGAUCAAGGGUAGGCUGGACAAAAAUCUCAAACAGUCGGUGGACCUACAAAGUCAAGCGGACUCAUUCAUGGGCAUUGCAUCUGCAGCUGUUCGAGGGCUGGUGCGUAAGGUCGAGAUUGACCUGGAGCCCUGCUGGCGGGAAAUGCGCAACACACCCUGGAACCGGCUGGAGGGCGUAAGCGAUCAAAGCUCCUAUGUCGGCGAGCUGAUGUCCAAGACACAGACAAGAUGCUCUGAACUGUUGCAGCUGCUGCAUAAGCAGCAGUAUGCCCGUGCAUUCGCAGACCAUGUUGUGGAGCUGAUAUCGAACGUAUUCAUUGCGACUAUCUUCCAAUGCAAGCCGGUCGCGGAGACCGGUGCUGAACAGAUGCUUCUGGACGCCUACACCCUCAAGACUGGCCUCUCAUCGCUCCUUCCCAGCCCCGCGCCAGCGGGUUUUGUAAAGCGCGUCAACGCCAGCUUCGCGAAAAUUGAAGCCCUCCUCAAGACCCUCCAAGUUCAACCGUCUCCUCCCGAGGCCCUUGUCCAGGCCUAUCUGGUUCACAUCGCAGACCAAAACAACGCCAAUUUCCGCAAGAUCCUCGACCUCAAGGGCAUCCGCAGUCGCCAGGAACAGAACCACCUCAUAGAACUCUUUCAAAUCCACCGCGCAUCUGAUCGCUACGCAGCAAAUCUCCAGCAGAGCAACCCUAUCCUGACCGCCAUGCAGGCCUCCGCAACACCUUCCUCCGGCACCGUCUCGCAGGGUCUCGGCCUCGGCACGGCCGCAGCAUCCAUCGGCGCCUCCACCCGUUUCGACCCUACCAUGCUUGGGUCCGCCAUCAUCUCCGCCGCCAAAGACGGUGUAGAUCGAUUCGGGACGCCGAUGAGCUCAGCCAACACGACCAACCUGACCCCAGGUGGCGGCGCCAUAUCCGGCGCCUUGACCAGCCCGGCCUCUACCCCUGGGCCGUUAGGACAGGCACAACCCCAAGGCGGGGAAAGCACGACCGCCGCUGGGAACCUGAACGAGAAUCUAAAGAAUAUUGGGAAAUUCUUCCGUCGUGAUCUCGGUGGGUUUGGAGGCAGGUUUGGACGGAGUGGUGAUGAUGGCAAUUGAUACUACUUUUUAUGUAUAUUUUACACCCUUCUUAGCGAAUAGCAUAUAUCAUGUGUAUUUGACCAUCGUUUUGUA